AUAAUUCCUCCAUCAGAACUGGUAGAUUCACAUCACUUUUGCCACUGUCAACUAUCACCACUGAACACGGUCGGAAUGUCGUUUCAGAUCACACCAGCGCGUUCCUCGCGCGUAACAAAGCCAAAGAGAACAAGUGCAGCUGCAGCAAUGGGUCUGAGGCGAUCCGUCUCGUCCCCUUCAUCAACAGCCACUCUGCGGAGAAAGUCCUCCCAGUCAAGUAAUUCCACAAUGACCAGCUCUUCGACUUGGGAAGACGACGAUGAAAAACUCGAUGACAUGGGUCUCGUAGCUUCUAUAGCCGCAGACCUCAAUCUCCGAGAUGUACCUCAGUAUAUAGAAUACAUCCAGAACAACAUGUUUGACCAACUUCCUACAACCGGCGCUGGUAUGUCGUCUACUCGGAUCCCUGAGGUUCUCAAUUUUCGCAGAGUACUACCGCCAAUUGUCACCGUGGCUCACAUAGAUGCCUUGGCCUCGUCCGCCACAGCCACAGAACGUGAAAUCGCAGAGUUGUCACGGGCAGGUAUUCUACGUAGAGUCAUAAUUCCUCGCCGAGGACUGGGUGCCGCCGCGAUAGGGGAUGGCAUUGUUUCGGUUCGAGAAUGGCAGAAACGAGUCGAAGCACAUCCAGACAUCUCAUCUGAUCUGAAAGAACAAUAUAUAUCGACUCUCCUCACAAAUCCUACAAAACAAUCGAUUCCAAACACGGCAUUCUCUCCUUCGUCUCUGAAAAUUCUCACAAGCACUGGCUUCCUCACCACGGCAACCUCCCCAUCUCAUCUCGACACCCGCACAACUUCCUUUGCAACAACUCAAAGUUCCAACCCCCUCUCCUCCCUCUCAACAUCCGCUUCCCGACACGCUGCAGGUUCUCUAGGCGCAGUAGGAGGUCGCGCUGCUUCGACGCACAUUCCCGGUGGGGUCGUCGUUUCACCCUCACCCUCCUCCCACCACGGCAACAUGCCCGUGACCUCAUACUACAACUUCUCUCUCCCCAACACCGGUGCACACGUCAAACUCGUCACAGAAGCACGUGCGCAUUUUCUCUCGCUUCUCGCAAAACGCAAGUUCAAGGAAGCCCCUUUGCAUGUGCUCAAGGAGCUGUGGGAUGGUGGUGUACCCGCGAGUAAAGCUCAACUGGAGAUUGCGGAGAAAAAGAGGGCUAGGAAGGAGUUCAAGGGCGUUCUUGCGGGCAGGACGAAGAAGUGGAAGGUGUUCUUCGGAUUGAGGUUCGAGUGGGUGUUGGCCGAGUGCGUGGGGGCUGGUCUCGUCGAGGUCUUUGAAACUGGUGUUGGGAAAGGGGUUAGGGUUGCUGGGUAA